AUGCCUUCAUUCACAGCAACUGUGUUGUUCUUCCCCCUUCUCGGGCUUUGCAGUGCCAAAUGCAUUCCUGCUGCGGUGCCACAAGCCACUUCUCCUCCAGCCGCCAACGAAGGCUCAUCAGUGCCUGCUGUCGGCCAGAACGCCACUUCAGCAACGAAGACUCCGAAUGGGUUUGAACCAGGGGUCAAGUGGCAGAUUAACAUUCAGAAUCCAGUUGAUCCACGGGCCGGUCUGCAGCCAGCUGAUGCUAAAGUCAUCGAUGUCGAUCUUUUUCAAGCGAGCAAAGACCCCACUCUCAUACCAGCACUCCAUGCAGCUGGGGCCACAGUGUUGUGCUAUUUCAACCUGGGCGCAGUCCAGACUACGGAUUGUGACUGGUCGAGUUGGAAUAACGAUGGGCUCAUGAAGGGACAAGUCGUGGAAAAUUAUUCUCAGGAAAAAUACGUCGAUGUCACGGAUGAAAAGGUCCUGGAGCUCCACAAAGCCCGCAUUGAUCUUGCUCACAGUAUCGGGUGCGACGGACUCGAUCCCGACAACAUAGACACAUUCGAGCUGUCUCCGGAUGAGUCCAUUGGCAAGCAAAUCACACAAGACGACAUGAUCACCUUCCUGACUACUAUUUCGGAAUAUGCUCACUCUAAGACAACAACCCUUGGCCAUUCCCUCAUGAUCGGACAGAAGAAUGCAGUGGGAAUCACGGAAAGUAUCCAUACAUUCAUGGACUUUGCUAUUUCAGAGAAUUGUGUUGGAUCUGUCAAUACUGGCUCAAACAGAGGUGCACCUGAUGAGUUCUGUACCACCUUCCAGAAGUACUAUGCCGACAAUGGCAAGCCGGUCUUUGAUAUCGAGUAUCCCUCCAGUCUCGCAAGCGGCGGCAGCAGCAAGGCUCGACGAGACGACAGUACUACCGAUGGUUCUGAAGCUGGAUGCUCCGCCGGUGUGAGUCAGGGCGAUAUCACUGCCUAUUGCACCUCGCAAGCAAGUAGCACUGGCAUCAGCCGGAUCCUGAAGCUCGACAAUGACGAACAUGGUCUAAACGGCUGCACGCAAUACUGUGACGAGGCUACUUCAUUCGUCAUGGCAACGUACGCGUCCAACGAUACCAACUCUUGCGGAUAG